AUGUGCCAAGUGGAGCUGGAGGACCUGCAGAAGGCGCUUCCCCCAUACCUGCGCAGUCUGACCAGUGACGAUGCCAGCGUCUUGGUGUGGCACGUGCUGCUCCUGCCCGAGCGACCACCCUACAAUCUCAAGGCCUUCGGUCUGCGCCUCAACUUCCCCAAUGAUUAUCCCUUCAAGCCACCCAAGGUGACCUUCACCACCCAGAUCUACCACCCCAGCGUGGACGUUGAUGGCCAAGUUUGCCUGCCCCUCAUCAGCAGCCAGGACUGGACACCUUCCACCAAGGCCUGCCAAGUCCUGGAGGUCCUCAACGAGCUGGUGAAUAGCCCCGAGCGGGGGGAGCCCCUGCGGUUGAAACUUGCAGAAGAGCUGGAACAGGACCCCGGCCUGUUCGACGAGAAUGCCAGAGAGUUCACCCUCCGCUUUGGGGUGGACCGGCCCUCCUAAUUCUUCCUCUGAACCCGCUCUGCUCUGGACCCUCCCCUCUUUUCCUGAUGGACAACUGUGCCUUUUUGGACUGGGGGCAAAGCUGAGCCUACUUUGCUCAUUUUUUAACGACUUGUCAGUGUGUGUGUGUGCACGUGCGUAUGCGUGCUGUGCUGUGGGCCUGGGUGUGUGUGGGUGUUGUAUGAACCCACUUCCAGGCGUAGCUGGACAUCUGUGUGCCUCCCUCACUGUGCUCCAGAGCCAGGGGGUUUAGGCUGUGGCUCUCUGGUGCUCUCUGGCACAGUGAGGUCUCAGCAGUUGCUCCAUUUAGAGACGGGUCACCUGCCCGCCCAGCUUGCAGAUGAGCGCAGCAGCCAACCACAAUCAGGGCCCCAGCACUGGAGUUCGGGGGGCAAAGGGCACUACCGGGGGGCACAUGGAGGGAGUCAUAUUUAUGAUGGAAUGAUUGGUUGGUUGAUUGAUUGCAUUAGUCAACUUACUGACAACAGGUCCCAGGGUAGGCGCUAAACCUAUUGCUAAACCUGUUCUUUUCCACUGAGGAAGCACGGAAUGAAGAAUCUAAUCUCCAUCCCAGAAAUCUGACUCUGUGGUUUCAAGCCCCUGGGUUGUCGGUCCCUGGGGACUGGGCUUCAGGCUGG